UGCUUCGCAGUGUGGCAGCCGCGGCCACCAGCUGACUGGAACUAAGGAACCGGGUUGGAAGUGUAGCUCGUGGACCUGUUCAUGGAUAUGAGCUUCAUUUAGUCCCGUAAAUGUUUUACGCGUGAGUUGUGCCUUCGGCGUCAUGAUAUUCUCUCAGAAUAUCAUCUCCUGUGAAAUAUGAGGUACCAUUUGUUGUUAUGGAACCUCUGAACCAGUCAAACGUGAUCCAUCGUCAAGAUUCCCUUCCGCCAGCUUUGGAUCUUUCAAUGAAUUACAAAAAAAGUCGCAUUAGUUCAAGAUCCACUGAGGCACUGGUGAAAAAGCCCACUUGGUGUGAUCUUGGCACAGCUGACCAAACUCCAAUGGGUUUUUCUGGUGUCAGAGCAGAACAUAGUAUUCCCCAGCCUUAUCCACAGAUGUCAACACAGGAUGACUCAGAGGUUGCUCACAGGGAACCGUUUGAUACAAGUCCUCGUUUAGGCUCCCAAAGCAGGUUUAAUGGACACCUACCUGCUAGCCAUUUUUCCUCUGGAGUCUACAACUGCAAGGCAGAACUACCGAAGAAAAAAAUGGUCAGGAACGCUGAUCAGGAGGUGCCACGCCACUCAAGUAGACAUUCCAGGGUGGACCACCAAAAUGGACUUGGCAGCCAUUUGCUAUUGCCAAAGGCUGUUGGGAAAAAUGCCAUGAGCCCCCUUGGGUAUAACCGAUAUCAGACCAAUUCUCCAACACCAUGGGUGUCUAGAUCUGUAUGUCCCUCAAAGGGCUAUAAGACUAGUGUUGAAAGUAGUAUUGGUACUCCUCCUAAAUUGCCAUUGCAUAAUGCCUCAUAUCAAGCCAUCACUUCACAGGGUCACAAGGUCAGCCCGAUUCAUAAAAAGGUCAUGGCCAAGCACAUUACUGAGGUCAGACAUUCUUCCUCCCCUGUAUACAUUGAGAGUGAUGACAGUGAUGUCGUAGAGGUGCCUGUGUCCAAUUGUAGCAAAAACACCCGUAGUCCCAAAAUAUCCACGAGCCCACAGCUAUCAGCCUGUGCACAGACUCAUCAUGAUUGCCACACUAACACAAAUAGCACUGGUUCUUCGGGAGAAUGUGGAGACGACGCCAUGUACAUUUGGGCAAGUGAAUACUCUACCUCAGGGGUUUUUGCUGCACAGCCCCCAAAACCCACAUCCAGCAACCCGUCCUCCGACGAGGGCAUUGGAAACCCCCACCGUGAGGCGACGAAAGUGAACACACAACCGACACCAAAGCAGCAGAAGACCAGGAGCCCAUCUGGGCAGGCGAAGGCCUCGGCUGGCAAAGCCGCGUCGUCGUCGUCCGCUGCCGUCCCUCCUGCCAAGCGCAAGCGGAAGAAGCAUCGCCCGGGACCGUCCUCUUCCUCCUCCAUGUUCGCGCCUCAAGAGCCCGAGAUCAAGCUGAAGUACGCCAGCCUGAGUCAGAAGGAGGAGAAGAGGGACAGUCGGGCGGACGCCAACUUCUGCCCCUACGUGCGCGUGGAGCUCCGCGGGGUCUCCGCCUGCACCGUGGUCAACUGGCAGGAGGAGGAGGAAGCGCUGCGGAAGAAGGGGGGCCAUCGCUCCGCCGCGCCGCUGAGGCACGCUGCUCAGGCCACGGGGACGGUCCCCAGCACUUCCUGUUUGCGCCUGGGCCGCAUGAACGCCGACAGCAGAGGGAGAGCCACGCACACCUGCAGCCUGUGCGGCUGGCCCGCCAACAGCAUGGGCCUGGGGGACCUGCACGGGCCCUACUACCCCUCCGACUACAACCUGCCCUACAAGCUGCUGGACCAGAGGGACCCGAGGGAGAACGUGCAAAACACGGAAUGCGCCGGGGGCAGUCAGGGUUCCGUAGAGAACUCCCCAUGGAAUCCCAGCAAGAGGCCCCGCAGAGACUGGCCCACAGACGACGGCUCCGAUGCUGCUGCUGCUGCCGCUGUAUUGGUGGCGGACCGGAACACUGGCGAGCGCUGGGUGCACGAGGAUUGCAGCGUCUGGUCUGCAGGUGUCUUCCUGAUCAAAGGGAGGCUGUACGGACUGGAGGAGGCCAUCAGGCUCGCGGAGGAGACCGUUUGUUCCUGCUGCCACAAAGUGGGAGCCACACUGGGCUGUUUCCUGAAGGGAUGCUGCAAUAAGUACCAUUACAUCUGUGCCCUGCAGUCAGGCUGUUUACUGAGUGAGGACAACUUUUCCAUGAGAUGCCCGAAGCACAAGAACAAGUCUCCCCGACCUGUCACGAGAUGACGAGCAAGAGGAGACAGGGUGCCAGUGAAGGUGUGUGGGUCAACCCUGUUUGCCAUGAAGCUGGUGACGCGGCCCCUCACCCCAUGCCUUCAGCACAGCACAUAACCUGCAGGGAUGGCUCUUGUUCUCAAAUGGGUCCUCCACAACUGUUUACAUUCGUUAAUGUGAUGAUUUUUAAAUUGUUUUUGUUUUGUUUUGUUUUUAUUUUAUUAUUUUUUUAAAGAAAAAUAGGUUUACAAUUUUCACAAUGACCAAUGGAGUUUGGGACUUUUAUUUGUAUUUCUUUUCCCUUCUUUCUUGGAUUGUGGCUGGCUGAACUGGCGCCCAUUAAGGGCGUAUUAUGAGUUGGUACUCAGACCUUAUGGUCCGCGAAUGGAAAGGAAGUUUCUAAUAAUUGAAGAAAAGUUUUAAACUGAUUUUGCCCUUGAGGUCCAACUUUUUAUUUGUAAUUUAUUUUGUGUUUUGCAAAAAAAAAAAAAACUAAUGAGGAGAUGAGUAGAAUGAAUGAAUUAAUGGGACCCAGACCCUUGUCAUUGAUGUGAAUAUAUUUAUUUCUUACUUGCUUUUUUUAAAAAAACAUGUGUAUUUAUUACUUGAGAAUCAAUGUGAGGGAGGGUACCUCUGGAAUUAUGUCCCACGGAACCUUUGAGUUGUUCACAUUCCAUCUGCUGCUCGCGUUCUAAUGAAAUGCUGCAUUGGCGUCUGGGCUCGGCACAUCCAUGUGUUGUAUUUGCCGCUACUCAAUUUCACCAUAUUCCUUGUGCUUUGCAGAUAAGUUGGAUUUCAAUAAAUUCUUUUCUUACUUAA